UUGUCCCAAAAUGGCGCCCUCAGUUACACUGCCGUUGACCACGGCCAUCCUGGCCAUUGCCCGGCUCGUCGCCGCCCAGCAACCGGGUACCAGCACCCCCGAGGUCCAUCCCAAGUUGACAACCUACAAGUGUACAAAGUCCGGGGGGUGCGUGGCCCAGGACACCUCGGUGGUCCUUGACUGGAACUACCGCUGGAUGCACGACGCAAACUACAACUCGUGCACCGUCAACGGCGGCGUCAACACCACGCUCUGCCCUGACGAGGCGACCUGUGGCAAGAACUGCUUCAUCGAGGGCGUCGACUACGCCGCCUCGGGCGUCACGACCUCGGGCAGCAGCCUCACCAUGAACCAGUACAUGCCCAGCAGCUCUGGCGGCUACAGCAGCGUCUCUCCUCGGCUGUAUCUCCUGGACUCUGACGGUGAGUACGUGAUGCUGAAGCUCAACGGCCAGGAGCUGAGCUUCGACGUCGACCUCUCUGCUCUGCCGUGUGGAGAGAACGGCUCGCUCUACCUGUCUCAGAUGGACGAGAACGGGGGCGCCAACCAGUAUAACACGGCCGGUGCCAACUACGGGAGCGGCUACUGCGAUGCUCAGUGCCCCGUCCAGACAUGGAGGAACGGCACCCUCAACACUAGCCACCAGGGCUUCUGCUGCAACGAGAUGGAUAUCCUGGAGGGCAACUCGAGGGCGAAUGCCUUGACCCCUCACUCUUGCACGGCCACGGCCUGCGACUCUGCCGGUUGCGGCUUCAACCCCUAUGGCAGCGGCUACAAAAGCUACUACGGCCCCGGAGAUACCGUUGACACCUCCAAGACCUUCACCAUCAUCACCCAGUUCAACACGGACAACGGCUCGCCCUCGGGCAACCUUGUGAGCAUCACCCGCAAGUACCAGCAAAACGGCGUCGACAUCCCCAGCGCCCAGCCCGGCGGCGACACCAUCUCGUCCUGCCCGUCCGCCUCAGCCUACGGCGGCCUCGCCACCAUGGGCAAGGCCCUGAGCAGCGGCAUGGUGCUCGUGUUCAGCAUUUGGAACGACAACAGCCAGUACAUGAACUGGCUCGACAGCGGCAACGCCGGCCCCUGCAGCAGCACCGAGGGCAACCCAUCCAACAUCCUGGCCAACAACCCCAACACGCACGUCGUCUUCUCCAACAUCCGCUGGGGAGACAUUGGGUCUACUACGAACUCGACUGCGCCCCCGCCCCCGCCUGCGUCCAGCACGACGUUUUCGACUACACGGAGGAGCUCGACGACUUCGAGCAGCCCGAGCUGCACGCAGACUCACUGGGGGCAGUGCGGUGGCAUUGGGUACAGCGGGUGCAAGACGUGCACGUCGGGCACUACGUGCCAGUAUAGCAACGACUACUACUCGCAAUGCCUUUAGAGCGUUGACUUGCCUCUGGUCUGUCCAGACGGGGGCACGAUAGAAUGCGGGCACGCAGGGAGCUCGUAGACAUUGGGCUUAAUAUAUAAGAC